UUCACAUUUCCUCGGAAACGCGAAGUUAGAAAUCGAAAGAACACAAUAUAGGGACACAAAGUUGACUUAGGGCACUACCCGCCCCCUUUUGACAGCUGAUCAGAACGAUUAUACUUAAAGCAGAGCAUUCACUGAUGGACAACAAGCAUGGCUUUACACGGGAAAGUGGCUUUGGUAACCGGUGGAGCGCAAGGAAUCGGGCGGGCAGUGGCCGAAGCCCUACUAAGGAAUGAGUCGAAGGUUGCGCUUGUCGAUCUCAACACAGAAGUUGGAGAAGGCUGCAAGAAAGCAUUAGAUGAAGAAUUCGGAGAAGGAAACUGCAUUUUUAUACAAUGUGACGUGGCUGAUAGAGGGAAGCUGAAAGAUGCUUUCGAUGCCACUGUCGCGAAAUUUGGAAAACUGGAUAUCGUCAUUAACAAUGCUGGAAUCAACAACGAAAAGAACUGGGAAAAGACCAUUGAAGUUAACUUGACAUCCCUCAUAAAAGGCACAUACCUGGGGCUGGACCACAUGAGCAAAGAGUACGGGAAGGAUGGGGGUGUCAUCAUUAAUGUCUCGUCAAUGGCAGCUUUCCUCCAUUCCCCGCAUCAGCCAGUGUACACGGCCACCAAGCAUGGGGUGAUUGGAUUCACCAGAGCAAUGGCUGAUGCGGCUGACAUAGGUGACUACGGCGUGAGGAUCAAUGUGCUCUGCCCAGCCUUCGUGGACACGCCCCUCCUCCAGUCUAUCGAGCAAGAAGACAACAUGGGGAAAUUUGUAAAAUACAAGAAUUCCUUCAAGGAGAAGAUAGACAAGUAUGGAGUAUUACCGCCGUCGAAGAUCGCGGAAGGAAUGCUGAGGCUGAUCACCGACAGCAGUCUGAAUGGAGCCGUAAUGAAGAUCACCUGCUCCAAAGGGAUUCACUUUCACACCUACGAGCCCCUUUCCGCUUGAGCCCCGCCCGCCCGCCGCCGCCACCGCCAAAACCGCCAUCCGCCGAGGCAUCGGGGGGGGGGGGGGGGGGAUGUCAACCCCAGCGCAGCGCGACUUGCACUUAACGCUGAAAAACAAAAGCCAUUCCGUUCAUAGUCCAGUGCCUUUUUUUUUGCCAAUUUCCAAUGGACAAAUUCAUCACAAACGCAUCACAAAGGCAAAGGUUACAAACACUCUGCAGUGCUGGCUGACUGUAUUCCAGCCUGGGACUUAAUAACAUUUACACCCCUGCAUGUGUGUAAAUGACUGGUACUGGAUCAUCCUCAGCUCUUGCAUCUCUUUAUGUCUUUUUUUCUUAAAUGUGAAAAAGAAUACAGUGCCCACCAGGAGUAUUGGCAACCCUGGAAAAUAUGAGCAAAAAAGCUAUAAAAAUGGUCUUGUCAUUCAUCGGCAUGAUCUUACACUCAAAAUAUGAGAACAAUUUAUAAUCUUUAAGUAAAAUUAUUAAAAGAAAAAAAAAUUCUUCAUGAGAAAAUAAAAUAUUUUAAUGUAACUGGAGAAUAUCCCCAUUCAUAUUUCACUUCUUAAAGCUUGUCUGAAUCUGUGGGAACUAUUAUAUGGUCUUUCUCAAGUUCCUGUUUCACUGGACUAUGUGGUGAUACUAUGUGGUCAAAACCCCUUAAUCAUCCGUGGGGAUGAUCUGAGAACAUGCAAAUUAGACAAAAAAAUGUCGUUGAACUUCAUACAGUAAACCAAGCAAUGGCGAUACAGAAAUAGCGUUAUGUCUGAAACUACCUAUUUCCACAAUUAGGGCAAUUUGAACUGUGAUGAAUCCACAUGGAAGAGGUUAAAAGUGUAUUUUGCUCUCGUGGACAGUGUAGAGGAUGGUUCAAGAGGCAAACAUUUUCUCCAAGGAUCACAGUGUUGGAGAAUGGCAUAAAAUGGUUGCAUCCUGGGGCCACCGAGUCUCAUAAAGCACAAUUAGAUGAUACCUCUGUGCCAACAAGACAUUUAAAAUGCUUGCAAGAAGAAAGCCUCUGCUGUAGCCAAACCACAAAUGCAUGUGUCUGGAGGAUGCUAUAAGUUCAUGGAAUUUAGAUAAGAACAGGGUGCUAUGGUCAGAUGAGAUGAAAAUUUAGAUUUUUGGUGAUAAUACCAAAGGUGGGUUUGGGCGUAAUAAGAUGCUUAUCUUAUUAUGCAGAAAAUAGCCUUAUCUCCACUAUGAAGUAUGGUGGUGGAUGUGUGAUGUGGGGGGGGGGCAGGGUGAUUUGGAGAGAUUCCGCAUGGAGGAAUGGUUUCCAGUACCUUGCUCUACCUUGCGUUCUCUAGCCUCAUCAAACAUUACAGGAGAAGACAGAGUGCCGUUGUGCACUAUUACUGAAUAGAGGGAUGGAAAUAAUUUUGACACACAUCUUCUUCAAAUUAAAUAUUUAGCAUUAAAAAUGUUUUUCCUCUGAUCAAUGGUAUCAUAAUUAAACUUAUUUUUUUACAUUUUAUCAGCAUAGAAGACAUUUGAUAAAUAAAAAAUGGAAUUGAAUACUGCACUUUGUGUUCAUAUUAAUUGAGGUUGCCAAUGAUUUUGGUGGGCACUAUAUUGUAACUGAAUACAUUUGUGAUUACGUUUGAUUUAUUGUUUUUCUUAAUAUUUAUUAGUCUCCAUAAGUAUCCAGAUAACCUGUAUGACAUGCCGUAUGACAGAGACACACCUUAUUGUCUCAAAAGUCAAUGGGAUGCAAAAAUAAAAUCAGACCAUUGAACUUUUAUUCGACAAAUAGUUCAUGUUGCCUCUUAUGAUUCAACAUUUUUUUGGUGUUUUUUUAUGUUGUAUGUUUCGGUCUUAAAUAAACAUUUAAAUCAUUA